GAAAGACAAAAAGAUCUUAUCCUGUUGUGAUAAUUAAAUUCCAUUCCGAUUUGUUGUGUGAAGAAAAACAAAAAAAUGGUGGGUCGAAAGAAGAAAACCAAAACUUGUGACAAGGGGUCACAAGAAGACAUGAUAAGCAAGUUACCAGAUCCUUUGAUAUCUGAGAUACUCUAUCAUCUUCCCACAAAGGAUGCUGUAAGCACAAGCGUUUUAUCAACCAAAUGGAGAAAUCAUUGGCAAUGUGUUCCUGGAUUAGACUUGGACUCCCGUGCAUUCUCGAAUUUGGAUGCCUUUAUGAGAUUUGUUGGAGGGUUUCUGGAGUCAUCAAUGAUACGCAAACUCCGGUUAAGUAAUCAUUUUCCUGAUAGUAUCACCUUUCUCACCUUGUGGUUUGAUGUUUUGACUGCACAGCGUAGGAUCCAGCAUCUCGAUCUUGAUUUUGCAAUCUAUAAUUAUUACGAUAAUGUGAUACCCCAGAGCAUUUAUACCUGCGAGUCAUUGGUACACUUACGACUCUGUCGGGCCGUCUUGGCUAUCACCGAGUUUAUUUUCUUACCUUGCCUGAAGAUCAUGCAUUUAGAUUGUUGCUGGUAUAGCAAAGAGGCCACUUCCUCUUUGGAGAAACUUAUCUCAGCAUCUCCAGUUAUGGAAGAUUUAACCAUCUUCAAUAUGUAUGAGCAUCGUGAAAAGGUUAUACAAGUGCGCUCUAACACUCUAAAGAGAAUUCACAUAGAUCACAGUAUCCAAGUGGUGAUUGAUGCUCCUCUACUCCAGUGUUUGAAUGCUAAAUUCACUAAAUCCGAUCUUGACAUGUUGCCAACCAUUCUUGAGAGCUGCCCAAAACUAGAAUCUCUUAUAUUGGAAUUGGUGAAGGACCCCAGUCGUAAGAAGAACACAGAAGCAAAGGUGAUGUUUUCAACGGUGCCUCCUCAGUGUUUGGUAUCAUCGCUCAAGUAUGUGGAAUUGAAACGUUUGAUCCCAAGGUAUGAAGGAGAAAUAGAGCUAGUAAGAUACUUGCUGAAGAACUCAACAAUCCUAGAGACACUAAAGCUUGAAAAAAAGGCAAUGCGUGCUUUCAUCAAAGAAGUCGUUGCAAUGCCAAGAUGCUCCAGCGCUUGUAAAGUCCUUGUUCUCUAAUUUCU